CGGGGCAGAGACGGGCGCCUGCCCAAUGGGAAGAAAAAGAGUGAGGGCGGUGCGUGGAGCGGGGAAGAAGCCGGUGCGGUGCACUGAGCUUGUCCCCAGCCUGGCAGGAGUGGCCGCAGGCUCCCCUGUGCCAUGAGGUGCAUCAUCACGGGAGGCAAUGUGAAAGUUCUUGGCAAAGCUGUGCACUCCCUGUCCCGCAUUGGGGAUGAGCUCUACCUGGAGCCCACUGAAAAUGGGCUGUCCCUGCGAGCUGUGAACUCCUCGCGGUCUGCCUUCGCCUCCUUCCUCUUCGUGCCCCUCUUCUUCCAGCUUUAUGAGAGGGGCAACCCCCAGCACACCGGGGAGCUCUUCCGCUGCAAGGUCCUCAUGAAGUCCUUCCUGGGCAUCUUUCGGUCACUGCCAUCACUGGAGAAGACAGUGGGGAAAUGCCUCAUCUUGCUCAAGCCCCAGGCUAGCUGCCUGGUCGUGCAGCUUCACUGCAAGUACGGUGUCACGAAGACCCAUAACCUAGCCUUCCAGGAGUGUGAGCAGCUUCAGGCAGUUUUCAGCACACAGCAGUGUGCCAACAGCCUCUGUGCCCCAGCCCGAGUCCUAGCUGAGGCCGUGGUUCACUUCCCUGCAACACUGGCUGAGGUGACGCUGGGUGCCGGCCCUGGAGGCAAGAUCAGCCUCCGAAACUACGUGGAGGAUGAGAAGGAGCCAGGCAGGACAAUGGUGACGGAGCUGUGGCUGGCGGAGGAUGAGUUCCAGGCAGUGGCUGUGGCCCCAGGGACCUGCAUCACCUUCUGCCUCAAGGAGUUUCGGGGGCUCCUGACCUUCGCCGAGGCCUCAAAUCUGCCCCUUACCAUCCACUAUGACACACCUGGCAGGCCAGCAGUGUUCACCCUGGAUGACCCCCUGCUGGAAGUGCACCUGGUCUUGGCCACCCUCUCAGAUCCAGAAAGCAGCUCCCGAUCCCCCACAGCCAAUGGUGCCUCUGGCUUGCCUGCCCCUCCGGAUGACUUUGCGGAUGAUCUUGAAUCCUACAUGAUUGCCAUGGAAACCAGUGGCUAUGAAAGGGUCUCUGGGGCACCCCCGAGCCCCACCUUCCCCCUGCGUACCCCUGGCCCAGCAGACAGCGAGCCCGAGGAGGAGGAGGAAGAAGCCGUGCCAGGGACACCCCCUCACAAGAAGUUUCGCUCACUGUUUUUUGGCUCCGUGCUGACGCCAGGGGGGCCCUGCCUGGCCCCAACCCAGGAUGUGCUGGUGGAGGACAGUGAUGGAGAGUACUGACAGCCCCAGUGCUGCCAAGCUCCUCAACCCCCGUGGGCUCCCUGUGCUGUUCAUGGCACCCCCACCUGCAAGCAUGGCUGCACUUGGAGUUGGGCUGGCCCUGGGGCCCUUCUGCCACAGCAGCUGGCACUGCCUGGGUACUCCCCCUGUCUGGGCUGGAUGCCUGGGUUCCUCCCAGAACACUGCAGCUGUGAACCAGGCACAGGGCUCCCCGCCCCCAACAUCACCCCCAGUGCCCAGGCACUGUGGUGGGCACAGCCAGGUACUGCUGCCCACCCCCCUCCCCCAGUCACAGUGUCAACCCCCAGGCACAGGCACCCUCCCACGACCCAUUACAAGUUUAUUCCCCAAAAACCCUCUGCCCCCCCCCACCCCUGCCAUCCUGGGGACAGGUUCCCCCAUUUGGCCCUCUCAUUCCCGGCCCCGGAGGGGUGUUUUGGGUAUUGUGGAGUGUGUGUGUGGGGAAUAUUACAAAUAAAAAAAAACAAACUGAA